AUGCUGCUCAAGUCAAUUGCCUUGCUGGCAUGUGCCAGCUGCGCCCUCGCCCACGGCGACCACGGCCACGAUCAGACUCCCAUCGCUGGACCGCACAGGUCUCUUUGGUACAACACCCUGCCAGGUGACGGUGGUACACAGGCCGACUCUGUCUUUUCCGGCAUCUCGACCUUCGGCCGCCUACCCUAUUUCCCCUGCUUGACCAGCGACGAGGAGAAAUAUGACAUUGCAUUCCUUGGCGCACCCUUUGACACAGGCACUUCAUAUCGACCAGGAGCUCGGUUUGGACCUAGCGGGAUCAGACAAGGUUCUCGACGCCUCAAUCUCUACGGCGGGUAUAACGUACCCAUGAAAUCCAACCCCUUCAACUUCUGGGGCAAAGUCAUUGACUGUGGUGAUAUCCCAGUUACCUCGUACGACAACCACUAUGCCCUGCAGCAAAUCGAGGACGGCCACAACACGCUUCUGAUGCGCACGCCGUACACGGCUGCGCAGGAGCCGGGCAUCUCGAAGGCGGGCAAGACACUGCCGCGCAUCAUCACGCUGGGCGGCGACCACACCAUCACGCUGCCCCUGCUGCGGUCCAUCAACAAGGCGUACGGACCCAUUAGCGUCAUCCACUUCGACUCGCACCUCGACACAUGGAAGCCCAAGGUGUUCGGCGGGGCGCCGUCCAAGCAGGCGGCGAUCAACCACGGGACGUACUUCUACUGGGCGUCCGAGGAAGGGCUGCUGGCGAACGACAGCAGCAUCCAUGCGGGCAUCCGCACGACGCUCUCGGGCCCUUCGGACUACGAGAACGACGGCUACUGCGGGUUCACGAGGGUUGAGGCGCGCGAGAUCGACACGAUUGGCGUGCACGGCAUCAUCCACCGCAUCCGCGAGCGCGUCGGCACCGAAAACCCCGUCUACCUCUCCAUCGACAUCGACACGCUCGACCCGGCCUUUGCCCCCGCGACGGGGACUCCCGAGACGGGAGGCUGGAGCACGCGCGAGCUCCGCACCAUCCUCCGCGGCCUGGAGGGUAUCAACUUCGUGGCCGCAGACAUUGUUGAGGUCGCCCCCGCCUACGACACCAAUGCCGAGCUCACCACGAUGGCCGCGGCCGACGUGCUGUACGAAGUCAUGACCAUCAUGGUCAAGAACGGCCCGUUGACUAAGAAGGCGGCGCAAGCGGAGGAUAAAGGCGAUGGAUUCGCUUUGCCCGAGUUGGUGGAAGAAUAA